AUGGUGCUAGUUUACAACGAUAUGCAGAUUUCAAAGCUAGAGGAUAUCCAGAAGUUAAAAGUGAAGGAUUUAAGGGAAAUUUUGCGUUCUAAUUCGGAAGCGACGGGCGGAAUAAAAGCAGAUUUGGUGUUAAAAGUCUACGCGAUACUCGUGCGACACGUGCUACGACUGGUGAGAAUCAGCAGCAAAGUAGCAAUAAUACUGGUCAGGGUCACCAGAAUACAACGGAAAAUAGCGGUGACUUCAAGUACGAUGAAACUUUAAGACGAAUCUCUGCUCUCGGAUGGUCCACUGAUUUACGUCAGCUUCCCGAACUAAAUUUUAUUCAGCUUUACGAUUACCUGGUUGUGUCAACGCGCAAGUACCGUCACAUUGUGGUCAAGGGAACAAAUUUUAAGAAAUUAAAAUCUUACCAAUUUUUCUUUGAAGGGAACGUUUAAAGGCUUGAAAGCAAAACCCAUGAGGACAAAACGUACGUAAAAGCCUGUGUUUUGCCAUCGAUGAAAAAGUUGCCUUACCGAGUGGUCGUGGAGUUCACACCUCAAUGUGAUGUAUCACGCGCAGCAUGUACCUGUCCCGCCGGGCUUGGCUCACAGGGUAAGGGGAAGUGCAAUCAUAUUGGAGGUGUGCUGUUUGCCUUGGAAGACUUUACAAGACGGGGUUUACAAAAACAUCCUGAACCACUAUCGUGCACAUUGCGUCUUUCGGUAUGGGUGGUUCCACGCAAUCAGAGCGUUGCAGCCAAGCCCCUUGAUCAAAUCUUAAUACGAAAAAUAAGAUUUGGGAAGAAGAAGAUCCGCCUUAAGCCGAAACUUAUAAAGUUCGACCCAAGACCACCACAAGAGCGCAACAGAGAUGAAGGUUCAAAACUUUAA